CGCCUCGGCGUGGAUUCUGCGAAAAAAUCAGGGAUAUAAAAUGUAGGAUCUCAACAUUCAGUGAAGUUAUGCAAGGAUUCCGCUUCAAAACAACAAGCAUCCGCGGCCCUCGAAUCAGUUUUCUGUUCCAGGGCACCCUGGUAGUCGGUGUGUUUUGUUUAAACGUGUGAAACAAUUCACUUUUCCCUCAUUUCGCUGGCAUUUCUGCCGGCAGCUUGAGUUGAGCGCAGCCAUGGCAGGGGACGGGACCGACCAGCGGGCUCUACAGUAUGAGCAAACUUUGAUGUAUGGCAGGUACACCCAGGAGCUGGGUGACUAUGCCAGAGAGGAGGCGGCUCGUCUGCGGGAGGAGGGGGGCCUGCGGCGCUCUGUCAGCGAGCGGAGCCGCUCGGUGGAGCUGCUGGAGUACGACAAGGGCCGCUGCGCCAAAUGCCGGAUCUGCACAGUUCGCUGUCAGAAGUUCCUCAUCUCGCGUGUGGGUGAAGACUGGAUCUUCCUAAUCCUCCUGGGCCUGUUCAUGGCGCUAGUCAGCUGGGUGGUUGAUUUUGCCAUCGCCAUCUGCCUGCAAGCGCAGAAGUGGAUGCACGGCGGCUUGGACAGCAACGUGCUCCUGCAGUACCUGGCCUGGGUCACCUACCCCGUGGUCCUCAUCACCUUCUCCGCCGGGUUCACGCAGAUCCUGGCCCCGCAGGCCGUGGGUUCGGGAAUCCCGGAGAUGAAGACCAUUCUCCGGGGCGUGGUGCUCAAAGAAUACCUCACCUUCAAAACCUUUGUGGCCAAAGUGAUCGGUCUGACCUGCGCCCUGGGCAGCGGCAUGCCUCUGGGCAAAGAGGGCCCAUUCGUCCAUAUUGCCAGCCUGUGCGCGGCUCUGCUCAGCAAGUUCAUGUCUCUCUUCGGUGGGAUCUACGAGAACGAGUCGCGGAACAUCGAGAUGCUGGCGGCCGCCUGUGCGGUCGGGGUGGGGUGCUGCUUUGCUGCCCCCAUCGGAGGUGUUCUCUUCAGUAUUGAGGUAACCUCAACCUUCUUUGCUGUGAGGAACUACUGGAGAGGAUUUUUUGCUGCCACAUUCAGUGCCUUCAUCUUCCGAGUACUGGCUGUGUGGAACAGAGAUGAGGAGACCAUCACCGCUCUUUUCAAAACUCGUUUCCGACUCGACUUCCCCUUUGACCUUCAGGAGCUCCCAGCCUUUGCUGUCAUUGGGAUUGCCAGUGGUUUUGGGGGUGCCCUCUUUGUGUACUUGAACAGACUGAUAGUCCAGUUCAUCCGGAAGCAGAAAACCAUCAACAAGUUCCUGAUGAAGAAACGGUUGCUGUACCCCGCCCUGGUCACCCUGCUGGUGUCCACUCUGACCUUCCCCCCCGGGUUUGGACAGUUCAUGGCUGGAAGCCUCACGCAGAAAGAGUCGCUGGUAACUCUGCUUGACAACCGCACCUGGGCCAAGCAGGGCAUUGCUGAAGAGUUUGACUACAUCGGCCAUUCCGAAGCUUGGAAACACCCAAACGUCAACAUCUUCGUCACCCUAGUCAUCUUCAUCGUCAUGAAGUUCUGGAUGUCUGCUCUUGCCACCACUAUACCAGUUCCCUGUGGAGCCUUCAUGCCUGUCUUCGUCAUUGGUGCAGCGUUUGGGCGUCUGGUGGGUGAGAGCAUGGCUGCCUGGUUUCCUGAUGGCAUUCACUCUGAUGGCAACAUCUACCCCAUAGUACCCGGCGGGUACGCUGUUGUGGGCGCGGCUGCCCUCUCGGGCGCGGUCACCCACACGGUCUCGACGGCGGUCAUCGUGUUCGAGCUGACCGGGCAGAUCUCGCACAUCCUGCCGGUGAUGAUCGCGGUGAUCCUGGCCAACGCGGUGGCCCAGAGCCUGCAGCCCUCCCUGUACGACUCCAUCAUCCGCAUCAAGAAGCUGCCCUACCUGCCCGAGCUGGGCUGGGGACACCACGAGAAGUACAACAUUCGCGUGGAGGACAUCAUGGUGAGGGACGUGCGCUACAUCACCCUCAAUUGCUACUACAGGGACCUGCACGACGUGCUCCUGAGCGGGAAGCUGAAGACUCUGGCGCUGGUGGAGUCCGCAGACUCCAUGAUCCUGCUGGGCUCCAUCGAGCGCUCGCAGCUGCAGUUGCUGCUCUCCCAGCAGCUGGGCCGCCCGCGCCGGCUGGAGUACCUGCGCGAGCGCGCUCUGGCCACCAAGAAGCGCCUGUCCACCGUCAGCCAGACGGGCAGCGAGGACGCCACCCAGAGGGCCGGCCAGACCGGCGGCGACGAGGCCGUCCGCAGGGUCAGCCAGGAGGUCCGCUUCCAGAUCUCCACAGAGGAGUCCUCCUUCAGUCCCACACGGCCCGGUGCUCAGAAGCCAUUGAAGCCGGCGCUGAAGAGACCGUCUGUGGUGGACCGGAUCAGUGUGGAGUCCCCUACCAGCCCUCAUGACAGCUCUGGCAUCGCUUUAAAGAGCCUCUUCUGUGCCAACCCUGACACCGAGGCUGUGGAGAGCAACGAUGGCUCAGUGGCUCCUGAGAACAGGAAGCCCAAGCGAGUGAGGAUAUCCGUCGUGGAUGAUGGAGAUGUGGACGAUGACAUGACCAUCAGAGAAAUUGCAGAGUGGGAGGACCAGCAGCUGGAAGAACAGGUCAACUUCAAUAACUGCAAGAUUGACCCCGCCCCCUUUCAGCUGGUGGAGCGAACAUCGCUGCACAAAACGCACACCAUCUUCUCCCUGCUGGGGCUGGACCACGCCUACGUCACCAGCAUCGGCCGGCUGAUCGGAGUAGUGUCUCUGAAGGAGCUGCGGAAGGCCAUCGAGGGCUCGGUGACGGUGAAGGGGGUGAAAGUGCGCCCCCCGCUGGCCAGCUUCCGCGACAGCGGGACCAGCAGCAGCGAGUCGGAGGCCACGGAGCUGCACAAGCUGUGGGACCGCCACCGGAGCCUGUCCCUGCCCCGCGAGCACCGCCCCUCCGACUCCGACGAGAAGUCGCAGUGAGGGGGUGGGGGGACUGGAGAGGCCCCCCCACCCCGCCGAAACCUCAGGGCUUCCUUCAGUCUUCAACCCUCCCACCCCCAUGCCCGCCCCCCAUGGCUGCAUCUGCACUGACUCCACUUUACUGAACUGAGGAGGAAACGAACAGGGACCUGGGGGUGAGGGGGGUGGGGCGCCCGAAUCCGACGUCUCCUCCUACUGUCUAUUCUGAAGGAAACGUGUGUAGACACAGAACUGUCCAGUGCAGAACACCUGGUAUGUUUGUAUGUAUGUGUGUGUGUGUGUGUGUGUGUGUGUGAGCACGUCCGUGCGUGCAUGCGAGUGUGAGCGCAUGUGUGUGUAUAUAAAUGCAUUCGUAUAGGACUGAAAGGGAUGAAUAUAGUUUUAAGGCCUUUGUUCAGUUUUGUUUCCAUGUCCCUAAACUUAGAAACACACACUGAAGACAACAGGCCAUUUUGAAACCAGUCUUCCAAAUGCAGGUAUUUAGGACAGAGUGACUGAGGAAGUGUGACACGCCCAUUGUUCUUUUUCUCUGAGGUGAUGGACUGGUUAGUGUCGGCCGCACAUUUGGAGUAUCGCAUUUCACACUGGCUCUCUGGCGUUCCUGCUCCUCUCGCGUGUGUGACCAGGGAGCCUUGUGUGGCCUGCUGUUGCCAUUCUGGGCAACACUCCCCAGAGUCGCACUGUCAUACUCAAUAACGCACCCUUAAGCCCUGUGAAUGAGCACUGUGUGUUUAUGGAGCAAAAGGCUUUAUAACCUUUUAUACAAGGUUGAGUGACCCUUUAUAUCUGUAAUUCUGAGAUUUUAAAGGUAGAUAUCACCAAGUCUACAUACACACACACACACACUCACUCGCAUGCACACACGCACGCACGCACGCAUGCAUGCAUGCACGCACGCACGCACACACACACACCUACCAUGGAUUCUUCCCUGUGCAUCUGCCUGCUGAAGCCUCUCUUCUCUGUGGCCAUACUGGUGAUGACAUGUUCUCUAAAUAUAGCCCUCAGAAGCCCUGGCUGGGGGGAGAUUAGUCCCUGUGCAGCAUGCUAUAACCUGCCAGAUCUGUGCUGUCCACCCGUAGUCACUGGGGCUGUGAACUGGGAUGUUGUUUGGUGUCCAGUGUUGAGGAAUGUCUGAGGUUUUGGUGACCUAGUGUCAGAGUAACAUGUCUUGGGGGGCUCACACAGAGGAAGUGAAGCAGGUUAUUGCAUUCCUGGUCUUUUCACAGCAGUGGUCUCAUUAAGAGUGGUCUCUCUGUCUUUCUCUCUCUCUCUCUCUCUCUCUCUCUCUCUCUCUCCCCCACUCUGACUCUCUACAUUCCCUCCCACUCUAAUUACAUGACACCCAGGAUAGGAAUUAGCAUGAUGAGUCCAUGGCAACGGCAGCCGUUGCUGAAUUAGUCCAGUUGUGCUUGCAGGUCUCCUGUAGCAACCGCUCUGGAUUUCAGCGAGAGUGACACUGUGUGAGUGUGCGUGUGUGUGUGUUUCUGUGUGUGGGUGUGUGUUUUUGUGUGGUGUUUCUGUGUGUGGGUGUGUGUUUCUGUGUUUGUGUGUGUGUGUCUGUGCGUUUGUGUGAGUUUGUGUGUGUGGGUAUAUGCAUGUGUGUGUGUGUGUGUGUGUGUGUUCAUGUGCGUGUGAUCCAUUUAAAUUUACUAUCUACAUAAAACCUUGGAUUGUAUUCUUUUUAACAGCCCCUUUUGCAUAGGAAUGCAUUUCACGUAAAGACAUUUCCUCGGUUGUUUGAAUGUAUUUCACUAUGAAGUCUUAAUUUAUUUCACAGAAGAGUAUAUUUCCCAUUGAUAAACUAACAAAUGAUAUACGUAAGUCCCUCCCAGGAGGGUUGGGUGAGCAGUUCAUUCCCAUACUCCUGUCUUCAUUACUCCCAUCCAGCCUGCAUCCACACCCUGAGCAUUUCUUUAAUAUGUAUUUUGGGCUGUAACUGAAACACUCCUUUGUUUUGUGUAGGUUAAUUGCUCUCCCUCAUGGCUUCCCUUUAUAGUUAACCUGCUGCUGACAGACAUAUGGACAGACAGACAAUGGUCAGCAGCAGCAGCAAGAUAUCAGCGCUCUGAAAAUCUCAUGCACAGCCUGUCAGACUCUAGCUGAACAGAUGCAGUUGUUGUUUUAACGUUGUCAUUUCUGACAUGAGCACAUGGUGAAACGCUCCUUCCUAUCUUUCUUUCUUUACUAUCGCUGGCGGAAGCAUCUGUGGAUGCGCUGGGAGCUUUUUUUGGAGUGUCUACGGGGUGACCUGCCAGUUUUAGCACAGAAGCCUUAAUCUCUCUCUCUCUCUCUCUCUGUUUCUCUCUCUCUCUCUCUCUUUCUCUCUCUCUCUCUCUGUCUCUCUAUCCCCCCAUCGCUCUCGCUCUCUCACUCUCUUGUUUCUCUCUCUUUCUCUCUCUCUAUCCCCAUCUCUCUCUCUGUCUCUCUCUCCUCUCUCUAUUUCUCUGUCUCUCUCUCUCAUACACACACAUGCAUGCACACACACAUACACACACACACACACAUUCUCCUACUCUGAGAAGCCAUUUUAUAUUUAUGAAAUGUGUUUGUGUUGCUGACACCCAGCCAUAAUGGUGAAAUUGUUGAGCCUUCCGACUAUGCAUUCUUCAGCAGCUGUGGGUGUGUGUCCGUCUGCUUGUGCGUUCCCCCCCUUCCUUUGCCUGGCUGACGCAGCAGCACUCACAGCUCAGUUCCACGUGCCCAAUAAGAGCCUUCAGCUUUCUGCUUUCCUGUGUGUAAAGUGCAUGGAGUUAAGUCUUUAAAAAAAAAGAAAAAAUAGACAUACCUCCCCAAAAAAACAAAAACAAAUUGACACUCCCUUUACACGCACAAAUAAACCCAUGCACACUUUCACACAAACACCUGUACUUCCUCAAAUGUGUGGCUACACACCCCACCUCUAUGCAUGGCUGGUGUGUUUCUGAGUGCAUGCAAUUAUGAAAUAUUGCAUUAUUUGCCAAUUACAUUGUCUAAUUUUUGACCAAAAAAUUGUAGUUUGAACAGAUUUUUUGGAGAAUUUUCAGUUUUAUAGUACUAUAUUUGACAAUGUUAUUCUUACUCUGGUUGUUGUUGUUCUUAUCUAUAUAUUGUGUCGUUAUUACUGCUCUUAUUGUUUUGUACCAUUCUUGUUCUUUCUGGUGAUGAUUUAAUUUUGAUUAAUUAUUUGAUUGGCACCUGUUGUUGACAAAAAUAAGCUUUAAUCACUUGUUACUUCUGUAAAAAGGGGGCAGGGCUGCUUGGAGUGCACGACUUAGAACACUAAAGAGAGGUUUACAAUUAUAAUAUAUUAACAUAUCAUUGUUUCAUAUUGUGAAGGACAUAUCCCUGUGUUAUAUGACUCGUGGACUGUUCAUGCAGCUAAGGUUAGUGUUGUUUUGGAACUUGUAGCAUGUUGAAGAGUCAGACUCUUGACUGAGAUGAAAGAGCAGUUGCACCCCAGUCCCUCCACCCCACCCGAACCCCCCCAUCGCGCAACAUUCACGCAACAUUGCUGCAAUGUUGUAGCAACGCCGCGGCGCGGCUACGACGUUCACGCAGCUGCGUGAGGAUGUUGAUUCCUUCGCUGGGUGACAAAGUACAGAACAAUCGCUUGCGCUUUACUUGUAAAGUGAACCGCUGUUAGAAUGUAAAGAUGCCUACGACAGGGCCACGUGGGCCUCAGCCUGGGAGGGGGGGCCCGGUCGCACACGCCCAUUCCACAAAGUGCCUUCAUCACUCCGCCGGUCCCGGAGGAGCCCUUAGAGCAUGGCCGCGCUAGCGUGUGGCUGGGGAUCCGGGGCAGCCCAGGAGCCGCGUCUGGCUGGGAGCGCAGAGCGCUUACCCUGGAGCCGGCUCUGAACAGAUGCGCGCGUUCGCGGGAGCCGCUCUGAGGAUGCCGCGGUGCAUGCAGCAUAUGUCAGAGGUGUUAAAAUGAUCGUUUACCAAUGCGAUACACUCCACUCGGCUUUACACCCAGAAGCUCUCAGAAACGGCACGGACUCCCCUGUAAAUACAUAAUCACAGCCAGUUUAUAGAGAUGUGAGGUUAAAUUCAGUGCCUCACAAGAGCACACGCCCACACGCAAAUGUUGAUUGUAUCAGGUCUGUUUCUGAUUUUUCAGAAUGGGCCAAAAUGUAAUGCCAGCCUGUUAGAACUGCUUUUACACAUUCCCAUUGGUUCAAGUGCUGAUCCCCCAACACACACACACACACACACAAAAGCACAUACACACAGACACACAGACGUACACACACAUGCACACACGCACGCACAUCCAGAUUGGGAGGGACUGGACGGAAUUCAGAAACACUACUUUUUUCUUUAUUUAGUUUAGUUUUGCCCUGAGGCACGGACCUCUCUCCUCUCAUCCAUAGGACAUUUCAUUUGCAAGCAGAUUUAAGUGGCAGAUGCAUAUUUAUUAACAGUUAUUAAUCAAAGCUAGGAUAUUAGUGAUUUUUCUUUUUCUUUGAAUGAUUGUCUCAGUAGGUAAUAAAUUUGUGCAAUAACGAUUCAUCUCAUUUUUGUAACCAGAUUUUAAUCUAUUACUUGACAUGAAUGCAAGAUAACCUUAUUUUUGUAAAGAAAUGAAAAUAUAUAUAAAGUAUAUAAAAAUAUAAAAUAAACUAAUUAGUGCACACACAUCUUAAGAAAAUGUUUUAUCCAUUUCUCUGAUUGCACUGCCUACCUGCUCAUUGGUUUAACCUGUGCUUCACUAGGACAUGUUGUAUAUACCCGCGGUGAACAGGGAAUCUGGCUCAAAUUAACAAAUGUAGUGAUAUUUUUCAGAGAACACAAACCAUCUUUUGUAUCAGGGAUGAAUAAAAUUUUAACAAAUGUUGAAAUGUA